GGCGCUGCUGACACGGCCGUCCUCCCGGGUCGAGGUGCUUGAUGCUCUGGGUUGCUAGGGUGACGGGGAUACAACAUGGCGCGCUGACAAGUUCUGCAGUGGGGAGGGGGUCUGGCGGUUCAGAGAGGACCGGUGUCCUCGCCCCCGCCCGCCCCUUGACCCGGAGGGAACCUGCGGGAGAGGCGGGCUCGGAGGAUGAACACUAGAUGCAGUCUGAAGAAGUUAAUUCUCACAGAAGUUAGCCAGUGGAAGAGUCUAGAAGCAUUUGCUAUAGAGGUGAUAUGUAUGGGAGAAGACUAAACCAAUUUAGAGAGCAGAAAGGUAUAUACAAAAAACAGUUAGAAUUGGAAUACAAAACAAUUGGUAAAAUUGGAGAGGGAACAUUUUCUGAUGUUCUGAAGGUACAGAGUCUAAAAGAUGGACGUUAUUAUGCAUGUAAACAAAUGAAACAGCAUUUUGAAAGUAUUGACCAUGUGAAUAAUCUGAGAGAAAUACAAGCAUUAAGGCGAUUGAAUCCACAUCCAAAUAUUCUUACAUUGCAUGAAGUGAUUUUUGACAAGAAAGCUGGUGCAGUUGCAUUAAUAUGUGAACUUAUGGACAUGAAUAUUUAUGAAUUGAUCAAAGGAAGAAAAAAACCAUUGCCCGAAAAGAAAAUAAUGAGUUAUAUGUACCAGUUAUGCAAAUCUCUUGAUCACAUACACAGAAAUGGAAUAUUUCACAGAGAUGUGAAACCUGAAAACAUAUUAAUAAAGCAGGAUCUUCUCAAACUUGGAGAUUUUGGAUCCUGUAGGAGCAUACAUUCUAAGCAGCCAUAUACAGAAUAUAUCUCUACACGCUGGUAUAGGGCACCUGAAUGUCUUCUUACAGAUGGUUACUACAGUUACAAAAUGGACAUCUGGAGUGCUGGCUGUGUGUUUUAUGAAAUUGCAAGUUUCCACCCACUCUUUCCUGGAUCUAAUGAACUGGACCAGAUAUCAAAAAUCCAUGAUAUAAUAGGUACCCCUCCUAAGAAGGUUCUUAAUAAGUUCAAACAGUCAAGAGUGAUGAGUUUUGAUUUCCCCACCAGAAAAGGAAAAGGAAUCUCUCCAUUUAUGUCUAACUUGUCCAGUAAGAGCCUGACACUUAUGUAUGCAAUGAUACAGUAUGAUCCUGAUGAGAGAAUCUGUGCGCACGAAGCACUGCAGCAUGCUUACUUCAGAGAACUGAGGUUGGCAGAGAAACAAGCUUUAAACAUACACCGAAAAAUGAGAUUGGUAGAAAAUCCAUUAGAAAGGGAUUCUCUUGGCUUGCGGCGUAUUUCAAAGGAGGAUCAAAGGCAGAACUUUCUUAGGCAAGCCCAGGAGAAUCCACUGGGACAUCAUGGACUUCCCAAUGCAGUUGAGUUGCCAAAACUGACAGUUCCUGCUGUAACCAACUUGACUUCUUACUCUAAUCCUUCAUUUCAGUCAGUUUUUACCCUCCCAGCAUCCAACAGACAAGUCCAGGUUUUGCAACCUAUAACAUAUUUUGGGACACAUUGCAAGUCUGAAAAACAGAAGGAAUUUAAAUCUCCUAUGAAACAGUACCACUUGCCUGCUCUGGAAAGACGAGGUGGAGGAUUUUGAUGGAUCAAAACUCUCACAAGCUCUUUGGAUUCUUUGAAAAAGUACACAAAUGGCAAAAGUGCCUUAUCUCCUCAAAUGCUGCAACAAGAUGCUACAACAAUCGUUCUUUGGGACUUACAUUUUUUUUUUUAAAGCCAACUAUAUAACCACCAUUUUUAUAGCUCAGAAUGCACUUUGAUUUUUUUUUAAAGGAGUUCCUGCUAUUUUUUUAAAAAAGUUUUCUUUUAAGGUGAUCUUAUAUUUAAUUGUGUUGCACUGGCAGGAAUGAAUUGUUCCAACUUUUAUAUGAAAUGCUGCAUUGUGUAUGUAUGUAUGUAUGUAUGUAUGUAUAUAUAUAUAUGAGAUAAUAAAACUGAAUUUCUGGGGGGGAAGGUUGUAUAUGUGACUGUAGGGAUAAUCAGAGCCAAUCUUCUUUGACAAUUAUUUAGAAGCUUCAAAACUUGAGUCUGGUUAGUUUAAUUUAAAUAUAACCUAGUAUAGAAAAUAGUUUUCCAAAACAAGUAUUGUAAGUUAGCAGGUUUUUGCAUGUAUGGCAGAUUAAAAAGAUAAACAGUUGUUACUGAAAUGUGCUCUUAUAUGGAAAUCUGAGCAGUGCAAGCAUGUUUCAGAUGAUGUAGUUUGUCACACCAGCAUAGUUCAAUGUAGAAUGUGUUAUAUAUUUGUUCUGAAAAGGCUAUGUUUAAAACUCUUGUGGUGGAGAGAGUAACCUACUCUAAAGGGCAUUUAAUUUAGCUUUUCAGAGGUAUCAGCAAAAAUAAAAUCACAUUUUAAAGGUAAGUUUAUUCUAAGACUAACAAGGAUUUUUAUAGGAUUAUGAUGAGGACAUUGUCCUCUCACAAAGCACUGUCAAAUACCAUCUCUCUGUAACAAGAAAAAAAAUUGGUGUAUUGAACUAGAGUGAAAAAUAUUGAUCUUGCUUGACCAAAAGUAAUAUAACAGUUGCAUCUUAAAUAACAUUGAAAUAUCAAUGCUUCAACAAAAUGGCAAAAAGAAUAGCUAAGACUGGACUGUAUCUUAGAGGAGGGAAGCCACAAUGGUAUAAUUUGCUAAAAAGUCACAGAGCACAAAUACAAUACAUAAAGCAAAUACGAAAAAGUGCUGUAUUUUUUCCCCUACGCAAAGGCAAUCAUUCGCUUGUGCAUUCAGUAGCUAUGCUUAGUUGGCUGGAUGUAGUCUUGCCAUUAUUUAUACUUCUGUUCAAACCAAAUUACUGGAGGGAUUGAGAUCUAUUGAAGACAUUUUGUGUGGACAAAAAAUGAAGGGAUUUUUGCUGUCUUCUCUUCAUCACUCUCCAUACUAUUCCACAAAAUCCUCCAAGUCUUCAGGACAAAGUUGUCUUUUAGAGAGGAUAGAGGCAUAAUUUGAAAUUGAGAAUUUGGAGAAAAAUAUUUUUCAUUUCUCCCCCACCUCCCAAAAAAACCUCUAGCAGGAAAUUCUGAGUGGAAUUCUUCUCAGAUGUAAUCUGGAUCUCAACCUAUAAAUGCUAAAGGCUACAAACAAGGAUGGAAAAAAAAUCCUUUAAGAACUUUCAUGUCCAUCAUGCACACACAUUAAUAUUUCAUAUAUUUAUUGGCUUUAGUCAUAUCCAGAAUGUUGAAAACUUGUUCUAAGAUCUUGUAAUUUAAAACAAGGCACCUACAGUAUUGAAUAAAGUACAAUGCAAUUUGAAUAAAGAGUUGAAAUA